CCCUCACUCACUAGCACAGCAGCUAUCUACUCCGGUCAUCUAUUUUACAUCAUCCUCUCCUCAUCCUCCGUUUCGUCCAGACUGCUAUUGACCUAUUGCGCUCGCCAUUCCCAGCAUCGCUUCUGUGCCGCGUCCCCGAUCGAGCUCCGACUGCCUCGGCCAUUGCCGGCCCAUCGCAAGUGGUUCCCUUCGACGUCGCCUACUCGCCGCCCCGCUUGAAUGCCCCUGAUUCUUGCUAGCUUUGGAAAGGGAAUGCAAAACGAUGCCACCCAGGCAGGUCCGGUAUCAGCCUCUUGAAAAUGCCACUGAGGUAGAGCUCGACGGAGGCGACCUGUCCGAUGAAGACCCCAAGGCACCCCAGACCUUCACCCUGCGCUCCGGCCCAUCAGCUAGCGACGCCGCUUCCUCAAGCGAGGUCGCUUUGCUAGGCUCCUCCGCUUCUGGCACGUCCCCCAGACGACGAAAAUAUUCCGAUACCGUUGCCAGCCGCUUCUGCGUCGGCCCCAAGCUCACCAAGCAAUAUAUUGCCUUCUCAGUCCUCAUAUUAGCGGUCAUUGUCUCGGUCAUUGGUGGCGGUGGCUACUGGUUCUACACUAAGGGUCAGAUCAAUGGGCAGUCUCCGCCAUGGUACCCGACACCGCUAGGCGGGACAUUGCCAUCAUGGCAAGCCAGCUACGACAAGGCUCAGAAAUUGGUUGAGCGUAUGAGCCUCGUGGAGAAGGUCAAUAUCACCACGGGCACAGGAUGGGCAAUGGGACUUUGUGUGGGCAAUACUGCUCCUGCACUGAGUGCUGGUUUCCCCGGUCUCUGUCUUCAGGACGGACCUCUGGGGAUACGAUUUGCAGACCAUGCAACCUCCUUUCCCGCUGGCAUCACGGUGGGCGCCACCUGGAACCGUGACUUGAUGCGUCGCCGCGGCGCUGCUCACGCACGUCAGGCAAGGCUCAAGGGCGUCAAUAUUAUUCUUGGCCCAGCAAUGGGACCACUGGGUCGAAACCCAGCUGGCGGCAGAACGUGGGAAGGAUUUGGUAGCGAUCCAGUCGUGCAAGGCAUAGCGGCAUACGAGACCAUUCAAGGCAUCCAAUCACAAGGUGUCAUGGCAACUGCCAAACACUAUAUCGGCAACGAGCAAGAGCAUUUCCGUCGGCCUCUGGAGUGGGGUCUCCCGGAGGCUCUUUCUUCCAAUAUCGAUGAUCGCACUCUGCACGAACUCUACGCUUGGCCCUUUGCCGAGAGCGUAAGAGCCGGAGUGGCCAGCAUCAUGUGUUCCUACCAGAUGGUCAACAACUCUUACGCUUGUGCGAACAGUAAGUUGAUGAAUGGUCUCUUGAAGGAUGAGCUCGGUUUCCAAGGCUUUGUCCAGUCGGACUGGUUGGCCCAGCGCAGCGGUGUUGCUAGCGCUCUCGCAGGCCUCGAUAUGUCCAUGCCCGGUGACGGACUGUAUUGGCAGGAUGGAAGGUCACUCUUCGGUGAGCAGCUCACAAUCGCGGUGCUCAAUGGCUCUCUUCCCAUGACCAGGCUCAACGAUAUGGUCACACGAAUCGUUGCUGCAUGGUAUCAGCUAGGACAAGACUCCUGGACCUCUGAAGGACCCAAUUUUUCUUCAUGGACCCAGGAUAAAUACGGCUAUCCACAUGCUGGCAGCAAUAGCAAACAAGAAAAAGUUCUCGUUAACAAAUAUGUCGAGACAGAGAAUGAUGAAAGCAGACAAUUAGCCCGAGAAGUCGCAAGCGAGGGCACCAUCCUACUAAAGAACGAAGAUUCAAUCUUGCCGCUGAAUCCUACGCUUUCCGAGUUGGGAACCGAGACCCCCAAGCGAGUCGCCGUUAUUGGGGAGGACGCCGGCCCUGGAAAGGGACCUAACUACUGCGAGGAUCGGGCUUGCAAUCAAGGCACCCUCGCUGUGGGUUGGGGUUCCGGUGCGACAGAUUUCACUUACCUCGUCGACCCGCUCACAGCGCUGAACUCGAGCUUCGACAAGACUGAGGUCGAAAUAACCAGCUCUCUCACCAACAAGGUGUCGUCCAACUUGAGGAAGGCGCUCAGGGAACAACACCUGUGCCUGGUCUUUGGCAACGCAGACGCGGGCGAAGGCCAUCGCAUCUGGAAUCGUCAACGUGCGGACAGAAAUGACCUGGAGAUCCAGAAGGGCGCAGGUCAGUUGAUUCGCACUGUAGCCGACGAAUGUGGUGGCCCUGUGGUGGUCAUUAUCCAUUCUGUUGGUCCUGUCAUCCUCGAAGACUUUGCUGAUUUGCAAUCCGUCAAGGCCAUUGUCUUUGCGAAUCUGCCUGGUCAGGAAAGCGGAAACUCCCUUGCUGACGUUCUGUUCGGACGAACCGAUGCUUCCGGACGGCUUCCUUACACAGUCGGCAAGUCCCUUGUGGACUAUGGACCAGGUGCUCCAGUGCUUUAUUAUCCCAACGCCAUCACCCCCCAGGUGGAUUUCAAGGAGGGUUUGUUCAUCGAUUAUCGGCAUUUUGACAAGGCGGGCAUUGAGCCCCGUUAUUCUUUCGGUCACGGAUUGUCUUUCACCACAUUCGACUUCUCUGACCUGGUUGUUACAAGUCUGAAAUCGAAAUCGGCCCUCCCUUCUGCAAGGCCUGCAACGCUGACACCGCCGAGCUUUGACGAAACCAUACCGCCUGUUGAGAGCGCGCUCAUCCCAAGCACAUUCACGAAGAUUCGAAAGUUCGUUUAUCCCUACCUAUCUAGAGCGGACAGAGUAAAGCAGGGCAAGUAUCCAUAUCCUGAUGGAUACGACAUUGUUCAGGAGCCGAGUGCUGCUGGAGGCGGCGAAGGAGGCAACCCUGCUCUGUUUGAAGAGCACGUCAAGGUCCAAGUGCGUGUUACAAACACAGGAAGCCGCAAAGGAAAGUCCGUGGUACAAUUGUAUGUGUCGUUCCCUCCAGCGAUAAAGGAACCAUCCACGAAUGAAAUCAUCGAAACACCGAUGAGGGUGUUGCGCAACUUCACAAAGAUUGAGCUUGAGGCGGGUGCAGAACAAGUGGUCAACCUCAGUCUGACACGCAAGGAUUUGAGUUACUGGUCGGUGGCCCAACAGAACUGGGUGAUGCCUGAUGGUCGGUUCACCUUGGCUGUGGGUCGCAGUUCGAGAGAUCUGCCUCUGCAGGGAACGUAUUGAUCGCCUGAAGCAGACGCAUAAUAUCGAGUCAGAGAUUGCGGAGUCAGGUUGGUGCGCGCCAUACCGUGAGGAGCUUGUCAAUACGGGUCUCGACAGCCCUGCGCGCCAUCUUGUCUACCGGAACUGGCGAACAAACACAAUCUUGGGACUAGAUCAUCUGAUAUACGAGUCGACACUGUCAACGCGACAUGCCACUGAUCUGCUUCAACCUCGGACCAAAUGUCGCUUCCUUGUUCGCCACAGUUCGACCGAGGACUCUGCUACCACCUUGUCCCCGCAUUCCCCCACAUGGAGUUUACAAAGAAGAGCCUCUAUUGACUCCAGGACAUGGGCCCUAGUGUCGUCCUGAUUUCACAGAUGCUCACUUUGGCGGGCCUUGCUUCCUCAUCCGGUAUUGAUGAUUGGCUCAUCAGCAAUCUCGAGCGACGCCGGCCCGGUGUUCUGGACAUCGUGAUUCAGCUACGCUAAGUCCCAGGACCGCGGUCCGAUGGUAUAAAGGGACGCGGACGGAAGGCAGUUGGAAGUUAUCUUACAUAGACUGUGGCAGAACCCAUUAACCCCGCUGCUCUUUCAUCUGGAGGGCUGAGACCGCUUUGAUUAUAAGUUAC